UCUUUACGUGAGAAAGCUGCCGCAUUAACAGGCAUUCAACGAUAUCUGGUGUUGGUGAUGGAUGAGAUGAAAAUCCAGUCUAACCUCGUCUUUGACAAGUAUUCUGGUGAGUUGAUUGGGUUUGUUGAUCUUGGGGACCCAAUGACCAAUUAUGCCAGCCUCGGUGAAGAAGAUGUAAUGGCAACUCAUGCACUUGCAUUUUUGGUAAGAGGAAUGUGCAGUGACAUCAAGCAUGUCAUUGCAUAUUAUUUUACCGAGAAUGUUACCUCCUACCAGAUAAUGUCUAUGUUCUGGGAAGUUGUAGGAGUGCUUGAGUUGUCAUUAAACCUCUGGGUCAUUGCCGCAGUCAACGAUGGAGCAUCCCCUAAUCGUAAGUUCUUUGAACUCCAUUCCCAGUAUGUGAAUGACUCGGACUGUGAUGUUGUUUACAAGGUAAACAAUAUUUUUGCCACAACUCGCUUCAUCUACUUUUUUGCUGAUGCCUGCCAUUUAAUGAAGACUGCCCGGAAUUGCUUAUACAACUCGGGUUCAGGUUCUUGCAGUCGUCUGAUGUGGAACAAUGGCAGAUACCUGAUGUUCAAACACAUUGCUGACCUUUUCUACAGUGACCAGGAAUUUGCCUUGCACACAUUGCCAAAGCUGUCACUGGAUCAUAUAGUCCUCACUUCAUACAGCAAAAUGAAGGUGAAGUUAGCAACGCAAGUUCUUAGUCAGUCGGUUGCAACAGCAUUGGAAGAAAAAGAUGACGAGGAUGUUCUUGGUACAGCUGAAUUUUGUAAGAUGAUGAAUGAUUUCUUCGACUGCACAAAUGUUAGGUCAUUGACUGAGCAUGUUAGAAGAAGAAAUCAUUUCAUCAAACCUUACACUUCCCAAGAUGAUGAGAGAUUUGCUUGGUUGAAGGAUGUCUUCCUGCAAUAUUUGGAAAAGUGGAGAGAGAGCAUCAUGCAACGAGAGGGAGUCUACACUGCUGAUGAAAGGGGUAAGAUGUUUCUUUCGCUACAAACUUACAAAGGCCUCAAGAUUUAUGUCCACUCACACAUUGAGGCUAUUCAGUUUUUGCUUGCUGAAGGGUUCAAGUAUGUAUUGAGUGAGCGUUUUAUGCAAGAUGUGCUGGAAGAUUACUUCGGACACCAGAGAGCAAAAGGUGGACGUGCAGACAACCCAACGGCACAGCAGUUUGGGUACAAUGACUUGACCAUUGCGGCCCAGAGAGAUAUUGCCCCAGUAUUGAGAGGCAAUGUUGGUGGAAGAUACGAGAAGCAGAAGUGGAGUCAAGUCAGUGAUGUGCCCGUAAAGAAGCGGAAGAAACCAUCCAAAUAA